CGGUCCGCGCGGCCAGCCCCGGCUCGGCGCGGAUCCGAUGCCCCAAGCAGGAUGUGAGGCGAGGCCGCGCCGGGGGAGCCCAGCCCGCCGCUCCGCAGACGCUGCCCCUCCUGACACUCUGAUUGAUACUUCUCAGUGAGGGACGGGGGACCGUCCCCCUGCCAGGGCGGAGGGUGCCACCAAGUAUGGCGCCCGCCUGGGGUCCUGGUGUGACAUCAGUGGUGGGUCCUGUGGGUCUCUUCCUGGUGCUACUGGCCGGGGGCUGCACGGCAGAAGAGCCACCCAGGUUUAUCAAGGAACCCAAGGACCAGAUAGGAGUGUCGGGGGGUGUGGCCUCCUUCGUGUGCCAGGCCACGGGUGACCCCAAGCCACGGGUGACCUGGAACAAGAAGGGCAAGAAGGUCAACUCUCAGCGCUUUGAGACCAUCGAGUUUGACGAGAGCUCGGGGGCUGUGCUGAGGAUCCAGCCACUGCGGACGCCCCGCGAUGAGAAUGUGUAUGAGUGUGUGGCCCAGAACUCAGCCGGGGAGAUCACCGUGCACGCCAAGCUCACUGUCCUCCGAGAGGACCAGCUGCCCCCUGGCUUCCCCAAUAUCGACAUGGGCCCACAACUGAAGGUGGUGGAGCGCACGAGGACAGCCACAAUGCUCUGUGCCGCCAGUGGAAACCCUGACCCUGAGAUCACUUGGUUUAAGGACUUCCUGCCCGUGGAUCCCAGUGCCAGCAAUGGGCGGAUCAAACAGCUGCGGUCAGGGGCCCUGCAGAUUGAGAGCAGCGAAGAGACGGAUCAGGGCAAGUACGAGUGUGUGGCCACCAACAACGCCGGCGUGCGCUACUCCUCACCCGCCAACCUCUACGUGCGAGAGCUUCGAGAAGUCCGCCGUGUGGCCCCACGCUUCUCCAUCCUGCCCAUGAGCCAUGAAAUCAUGCCAGGCGGGAAUGUGAACAUCACUUGCGUGGCUGUGGGCUCACCUAUGCCCUAUGUGAAGUGGAUGCAGGGGGCUGAGGACCUGACUCCUGAGGACGACAUGCCCGUGGGUAGGAAUGUUCUAGAACUCACGGACGUCAAGGACUCAGCCAACUACACUUGUGUGGCCAUGUCCAGCCUGGGCGUCAUUGAAGCUGUAGCUCAGAUCACGGUGAAAUCUCUCCCCAAAGCCCCUGGAACCCCCGUGGUGACCGAGAAUACCGCCACCAGCAUCACCAUCACGUGGGACUCGGGUAACCCCGAUGCCGUGUCCCACUACGUCAUCGAGUACAAGUCUAAGAGCCAGGAUGGGCCAUACCAGGUCAAGGAUGAUGUGACCACCACGCGCUACAGCAUCGGCGGCCUGAGCCCCAACUCUGAGUAUGAGAUCUGGGUGUCGGCCGUGAACUCCAUUGGCCAGGGCCCCCCCAGUGAGGCGGUGGUGACGCGCACGGGUGAGCAGGCCCCAGCCAGCGCCCCGCGGAAUGUGCAGGCUCGGAUGCUGAGCGCCAGCACCAUGAUUGUACAGUGGGAGGAGCCCGUGGAGCCCAAUGGGCUCAUCCGGGGCUACCGCGUCUACUACACCAUGGAGCCUGAGCACCCCGUGGGCAACUGGCAGAAGCACAAUGUGGAUGACAGCCUGCUCACUACUGUGGGCAGCCUCCUGGAAGACGAAACAUACACUGUCCGCGUGCUGGCCUUCACCUCCGUGGGCGAUGGGCCGCUCUCUGACCCCAUCCAGGUCAAGACCCAGCAGGGAGUGCCUGGCCAGCCCAUGAACUUGCGGGCCGAGGCCAAAUCAGAGACAAGCAUUGGGCUCUCAUGGAGCCCCCCACGGCAGGAGAGUGUCAUCAAGUACGAGCUGCUCUUCCGUGAGGGUGACCGUGGCCGAGAGGUGGGGCGGACCUUCGACCCAACCACGACCUUCGUGGUGGAUGACCUCAAGCCCAACACAGAGUACGCCUUCCGCCUGGCGGCUCGCUCGCCACAGGGCCUGGGUGCCUUCACCGCGGUGGUGCGCCAGCGCACGCUGCAGUCCAAGCCGUCAGCCCCCCCUCAAGACGUUACGUGCACCAGCUUGCGCUCCACGGCCAUAUUGGUAAGUUGGCGUCCGCCGCCGCCAGAAACUCACAACGGGGCCCUGGUGGGCUACAGCGUCCGCUACCGACCACUGGGCUCAGAGGAGCCGGAAUCCAAGGAGGUGAACGACAUCCCCCCGACCACCACCCAGAUCCUCCUGGAGGCCCUGGAGAAGUGGACCGAGUACCGUGUCACGGCGGUGGCUCACACAGAGGUGGGACCAGGGCCCGAGAGCUCGCCCGUGGUCAUCCGCACCGACGAAGACGUGCCCAGCGCGCCCCCUCGGAAGGUGGAGGCGGAGGCGCUCAACGCCACGGCCAUCCGCGUGCUGUGGCGCUCGCCCACGCCCGGCCGCCAGCACGGGCAGAUCCGCGGCUACCAGGUCCACUACGUGCCUAUGGAGGGCGCCGAGGCCCGCGGGCCGCCCCGCAUCAGGGACGUCAUGCUUGCUGAUGCCCAGUGGGAGAUGGACGACACGGCCGAAUAUGAAAUGGUCAUCACAAACCUGCAGCCUGAGACCGCGUACUCCAUCACAGUAGCCGCAUACACCAUGAAAGGCGAUGGCGCUCGCAGCAAACCCAAGGUGGUGGUGACCAAGGGAGCAGUGCUGGGCCGCCCCACCCUGUCGGUGCGGCAGACGCCGGAGGGCAGCCUGUUGGCGCGCUGGGAGCCCCCAGCCAGCACCAGCGAGGACCCGGUGCUUGGCUACCGCUUGCAGUUUGGCCGGGAGGACUCGUUGCCACUGGCCACGCUGGAGUUCCCGCCCUCCGAGCACCACUACACGGCAUCGGGCGUGCACAAGGGGGCCACGUACGUGUUCCGGCUGGCGGCCCGCAGCCGCGGCGGUCUGGGCGAGGAGGCGGCCGAGGUCUUGAGCAUCCCUGAGGACGUGCCCCGCGGCCACCCGCAGAUCUUGGAGGCGGCUGGCAAUGCCUCGGAGGGUACUGUCCUGCUGCGCUGGUUGCCCCCCGUGCCCGCCGAGCGCAAUGGGGCCAUCACCAAGUACACAGUGGCCGUGCGUGAGGCUGGCGAGCUGGGCCCCCCAAGAGAGACCGAGGUGCCAUCUGCAGCCGAACCAGGGGCUGAGAAUGCGCUCACACUGCGGGGCCUCAAGCCGGACACGGCCUAUGACCUCCAAGUGCGGGCUCAUACAAGCCGGGGCCCUGGCCCCUACAGCCCCCCUGUCCGCUACCGCACGUUCCUGCAGGAUCAAGUCUCUCCCAAGAACUUCAAGGUUAAGAUGAUCAUGAAGACCUCAGUGCUGCUCAGCUGGGAGUUCCCUGACGGCUACAACUCGCCCACACCCUAUAAGAUCCAGUACAGUGGGCUCACGCUGGACGUAGAUGGCCGCGCCACCAGAAAGCUCAUCACUCAUCUCAAGCCACACACCUUCUACAACUUCGUGCUCACCAACCGCGGCAGCAGCCUGGGCGGCCUGCAGCAGACUGUCACUGCCAGGACAGCCUUCAACCUGCUCAGCAGCAAGCCCAGCGUCGCCCCCAAGCCUGACGCCGAUGGCUUCAUCGUGGUGUACCUGCCCGACGGCCAGAGCCCCGUGACUGUGCAGAACUACUUCAUCGUGAUGGUCCCUCUGCGCAAGUCUCGAGGCGGCCAGUUCCCCACCCUGCUGGGCAGUCCAGAGGACAUGGACCUGGAGGAGCUCAUCCAGGACAUAUCCCGCCUGCAGAGGCGCAGCCUGCGGCACUCGCGCCAGCUGGAGGUGCCCCGGCCUUACAUCGCAGCCCGCUUCUCUGUCCUCCCGUCCAUCUUCCAUCCUGGGAACCAGAAACAAUACGGUGGCUUUGACAAUAGGGGCCUAGAGCCCGGCCACCGCUACGUUCUCUUUGUGCUCGCUGUGCUGCAGAGGAAUGAGCCUCAGACAUUCGCAGCCAGCCCCUUCUCAGACCCCUUCCAGCUCGACAACCCAGAUCCCCAGCCCAUCGUGGAUGGGGAGGAGGGCCUUAUCUGGGUGAUAGGGCCUGUGCUGGCCGUGGUCUUCAUCAUCUGUAUUGUGAUCGCCAUCCUGCUGUAUAAGAACAAACCUGACAGUAAACGCAAGGACUCGGAGCCGCGCACCAAAUGCCUGCUGAACAAUGCUGACCUGGCCCCCCACCAUCCCAAGGAUCCUGUGGAAAUGAGACGCAUUAAUUUCCAGACUCCAGAUUCGGGCCUCAGCAGCCCCCUCAGGGAGCCGGGGUUACACUUGGAAAGCAUGCUCAGUCACCCGCCCGUCCCCAUCGCAGACAUGGCUGAGCACACAGAGAGACUGAAAGCCAACGACAGCCUCAAGCUCUCUCAGGAAUACGAGUCCAUCGACCCAGGGCAGCAGUUCACAUGGGAGCACUCCAACCUAGAGGUGAACAAGCCCAAGAACCGCUAUGCCAAUGUCAUCGCCUACGACCACUCCCGGGUCAUUCUUCAACCCAUUGAAGGCAUUGUGGGCAGUGAUUACAUUAAUGCCAACUAUGUGGAUGGCUACCGGAGGCAAAACGCAUACAUCGCCACACAGGGACCUCUGCCUGAGACCUUUGGGGACUUCUGGCGUAUGGUGUGGGAGCAGCGGUCAGCCACCAUUGUGAUGAUGACACGGCUAGAGGAAAAGUCGCGGAUCAAAUGUGAUCAGUAUUGGCCCAACCGAGGCACAGAGACCUAUGGCUUCAUCCAGGUCACCCUGUUGGACACCAUUGAGCUGGCCACAUUCUGCGUGAGGACCUUCUCCCUGCACAAGAAUGGCUCCAGCGAGAAACGUGAGGUUCGCCACUUCCAGUUUACUGCAUGGCCAGACCACGGGGUACCUGAGUACCCGACACCCUUCCUGGCUUUCCUCCGGAGGGUCAAGACCUGCAACCCACCCGACGCCGGCCCUGUUGUGGUACACUGCAGCGCUGGUGUGGGCCGCACAGGCUGCUUCAUCGUCAUUGACGCCAUGCUGGAGCGUAUCAAGCCAGAGAAGACGGUGGACGUGUAUGGGCAUGUGACGCUAAUGCGCUCCCAGCGGAACUACAUGGUCCAGACGGAGGACCAGUACAGCUUCAUCCACGAGGCUCUGCUGGAGGCCGUGGGCUGUGGCAACACUGAGGUCCCCGCCCGCAGCCUCUACUCCUACAUCCAGAAGCUGGCACAGGUGGAGCCGGGCGAGCAUGUCUCUGGCAUGGAGCUAGAGUUCAAGCGGUUGGCCAAUUCCAAGGCCCACACGUCCCGCUUCAUCAGCGCCAAUUUGCCGUGUAACAAGUUUAAGAACCGCCUGGUAAACAUCAUGCCAUAUGAGAGCACACGCGUGUGCCUGCAGCCCAUCCGGGGUGUGGAGGGCUCUGACUACAUCAACGCCAGCUUCAUCGAUGGCUACAGGCAACAGAAAGCUUACAUCGCCACGCAGGGCCCCCUGGCCGAGACCACGGAGGACUUCUGGCGCAUGCUGUGGGAGAAUAACUCCACCAUUGUAGUGAUGUUAACCAAGCUGAGGGAGAUGGGCCGGGAGAAAUGUCACCAGUAUUGGCCAGCUGAGCGCUCAGCUCGAUACCAGUACUUCGUGGUGGAUCCCAUGGCAGAGUACAACAUGCCUCAGUAUAUCCUGCGGGAGUUCAAGGUCACAGACGCUCGGGACGGCCAGUCCCGGACCGUCCGGCAGUUCCAGUUCACAGACUGGCCGGAGCAGGGUGUGCCAAAGUCCGGCGAGGGCUUCAUCGACUUCAUCGGCCAGGUGCACAAGACCAAGGAGCAGUUCGGCCAGGACGGGCCCAUCUCUGUCCACUGCAGUGCUGGCGUGGGCCGAACUGGAGUCUUCAUCACACUCAGCAUCGUGCUGGAGCGCAUGCGGUACGAGGGCGUGGUGGACAUCUUCCAGACGGUGAAGGUGCUGCGCACGCAGAGGCCGGCCAUGGUGCAGACGGAGGAUGAGUACCAGUUCUGCUACCAGGCGGCUCUGGAGUACCUCGGGAGCUUCGACCACUAUGCAACCUAAAGCCAUGGUCCCCACAGCCACCAUAGGCCCUGAUGCCACUGCCCAAGCCAAGAGGACCCCAGCGGCCUAGACCCCCAGCGGGCAGGGCGGAAGGACAUGGCACAGAGGCUGCCGGUUGGCGCUGUCUGGGGACAACGCAGAACCUUGAGUCCCCCUGUGCAGCCCAGCGGUGUCCCUUGUCACCUGCCGCCUUCCAAUACUUGGCACAUUCCUCAUUUCCUUCCAAUUCCAAAACGAGGCCCCGGGUGGGGGGUGGGGGGUGGUGAGCACACACGGGGUGCUGCCCGGGGGCCUCCCAGGAGGGUAGGCAGAGGCCAUGGACUCCCGGGAGCUCCCUCCUGCCCGACAACCUGGGGACACUGGGCCAGUGCAGAGCUGAACUUUGCUUAAACUCUCCCAUGUGACUGUAUUCAGUGACAUUUCCUUUUUUUUAAAUAGUGUAUUUUUUUUCUUUGCAUUUUUUAAAAAGAGGAGACAAAGACUUGCCAGCCAACCAUUUAAAAACAAAAAAGAUCAACAUUGCUGAUGUUCUGUCCAGAGACAAGACGUCUAUUUUUUCACAGUAUCUUCAUCCUCGCGUGAUAGUUCGUUUGGGAGCGUGUGCGACUUUCCCUCCAGCUGGCUUUUGUGGGGUUGUCCCCCUGCCAUUAAGAGCUGUCACCUUUCAUGUGGGAAUGGGACUUUGUUGACCUUCCAAGGUUUUGUUUUUUUUUUCUUGACACCGCCUUUCUUUUUUUUUUUUUUUAAUUAAAUUUUCAGACAAAUCAAGUACAGCAAUUGUGGGGGUGAAGCACGGGGUGGGGGGACCUGGACCACCAUCAGCACGUCCAGACCAACAGGGGUCUGUGGGGACACUGCUGCAUAGGACACCAUGGCCUGAACACACCUGCCUCCUGCCCCUGCAGAGGGAUCCAAACCCCGGGGCAGGGAGGAUGGUCCCACUUCCAGGAGGGGCCUAUGCCCACAUCGCGGACCGUGUCCCCCACCCGGCCCCAAGCAAGUGAGUUUUUUCUCUUUGUACCAGAGCGGAGAAAUGGCUGGGUGGAGCUCCACCCCCGUAUGUAGAUACCGACUUUGUAUUAAAGGAAGAGCGUCCGGU